GAUUAAAGAUAUAUAUAAGUAAUUAGGAAAGAUAAAUAUUAAAGAAAAAUGACGUUAAAAUAUACAGAGCCAUAGAAAUAUGUUCGGGCAUUGUUAUCCGGAUACAAUAAUCGAGGACACGACUUUCACUUUUACUAUGGCAGCAGUUCGAUCGUAAACUCAUCGUUACAAAUAUAAAACGGACGUAAGUAUUUUAUAAAAAGACAUUAAUCAUUUAUAAAUAAUUAAUAUACGAUUACGUUAAAAUUCAUGUGACUAAGAAAAAUAAUCGUCACAAAAAUGUUAAUGAAAUAAUAAUUAUCAUUGCAGGAAACUAUUACUAAACAAACAAAGAAUAUAUAUAAAUUUAUUUUCUACAAUAUUUUUGACGAGAAUCUAGUAAAGAAUCUGAAGUUAUGAAGUUGAUAAUCAUUUGGUUUUUCAGUUGUCUGAUGAUCCAAGCAUUUGCCUAUGAUCCAGACGAUAAAUCUUUAAAAAAUAUCUUAUUACCUGGCGGUCAAUUUGAAGCAUUUUAUUUGAAGGGAAAAGAAGCCGAAGAACAAAAUGCUGCAAGACCAGCACAUCUUCAUGGAACUUUUCAUCUUUACAGAAAUCCUGCUUUAGUUGAUGCACCUAACAGUGCCGCUUACGGUUUCCGAUUUGAUGGAAAACGUCGUUUCAAUUUUAAUUAAUUUUUUUUUUUUUUUUUUUUUAUAUCAUGUUUUAAACUAAUAUAACAACUUGAACGAAUCUAAUAUUUAAUCUACAUAAAGAAUAGAGAGAUUUAUUCUUUAAAUAUCUCGCACAAUUUUUAAUAUAUUUCUAAAAACUAUAUAUUCAUGUGUCCGAGAAUAAUUCUGUAAAAAAAGUUUAUUAUAUUAAGGUUAUAUGAUUGAUGUCUGUUUGUGUGAAUAUAAUUUACAUUAUAAGAAUAGAAAAAUAUUUUUAAAUAUAUCGAACAGUAUUAUCUUAUAAACGCGAAUCACAUACACACAUAU